CAACCAUCCAUAGGCCGGGAAUUAUCUUGCCGUAAUAGCGAGUCUUUGGGCGUCCACUACCUGCCUGGGUGGAGUGUUGAUGCAAAGUAUCGUCACGAAAUAAGGAGCAUUCGCGUAACAUUCACCUAAACACAGGCGUUCCGUCCGCGUGCCUAAACCCGAACUACGAGUUGAUCCGAAGUAAAACAGCUACACUCGCUAGCGUCACACAAUUUGGAUCAACAUUGGAUUUAAUUUCAACGUGGCAGACCUCCAGUUCACCCUUAGGUGUUUCCUGUGGCUAUGGAGAACCCCCCAGAGGACUACAAGAUCCAGUCCUUUGACAUGCAAACGCAGAUGUUGCUCAAAACAGCCUUGAAAGAUCCGGGCUCGGUGAAUCUGGAGAAGGUGUCCAGCAUCAUUGUGGAUCAGUCUUUGAAGGACCAGGUUUUCAGUCGAGAGGCCGGACGCAUCUGCUACACCAUUGUGCAGGCGGAGGCCAAGCAAAAUAACGGAAACGUGUUCCGGAGAAGCCUGCUGAACCGCCUCCAGCAGGAGUUCAAGGAGCGAGAGGAGACCAGAGCUCGGUCCCUGCAAGAGUGGAUCUGUUUUGUGACCUUCAUCUGUAACAUCUAUGACUACCUCAAAGUGAACAACAUGCCCAUGGUGGCUCUGGUCCUUCCCGUCUACGACUGUCUGAUGAGGUUGGCGCAACCAGAUGCUUUAAUGAAUGAAGAGGAGGUGGACUGUCUGGUGCUGCAGCUUCACCGCAAUGGGGAGCAGCUAGAAAAGGCCAACAGCCAGCGCAUGGAUGAGCUCUUCUGCUUGCUGCGGGAUGGCUUCCUGCUCCAGGAAGGGCUCACCUCCAUGGCCCGCCUGCUGCUGCUGGAGAUCCUGGAGUUCAGGGCGGGAGGCUGGGUGCUGAGCGGCACGGCGCACAGGUAUUACUACAGCGAAAUCGCAGAUUAGGGCGCGCGCCGGGACAAGCGGAGUUCACCAACAAGUAGCCCUUAGAUGGACAUUAACCACAUGGUUGAGAUGAGAUGAUGAUGUGGACGUGCAGUAGAAGGCAAGUUCAGUUAUUUUUUUAUUUAUUAGUUUUGUAUGUUGAAAGCAUUCCUCUUAUAAACAUUUUUGCUGAAUAUCAGAUGCAAGCUGUUCGACCCUGGAUUUAUCGUCUGAUGUGUGGCAUUUAGUAGAAGUCUUGAGAGAUAUUUUAUUAAAAAGGUUUGAAUUUC